UCUCUCUCUCUCCUCUCUAUAAAAACCGAGCGCUGGAACCCGAAGCGUCCGCGAACGAGCUCGCGAGGGCGCCCCCAAGCGAAAAGAAGAAAAACCCUAAUCUCCCCGCCCCUUCGUCGUCGUCGUCGUCGUCUUCGUCCUAGGGUUCUCUCGCGGGAAUGGGCGCGACGAUCCUCCCCGAGCUCCUCACGGAGAUCCUGAUCCCGGUCGCGGCCGUGAUCGGGAUAAGCUUCUCCCUUGUGCAGUGGCUCCUCGUCUCCCAGGUCAAGCUCUCGCCCGAGCGCCAGGGGGGGUCGCCGCAGGGGGGGAAGAACGGCUUCGGCGACUACCUCAUCGAGGAGGAGGAGGGGCUCAACGACCACAACGUCGUCGUCAAGUGCGCCGAGAUCCAGGCCGCCAUCUCCGAAGGAGCCACAUCUUUCCUAUUCACGGAGUACCAGUAUGUCGGGAUCUUCAUGGUGGCUUUUGCGAUCCUGAUCUUUCUCUUCCUUGGCUCUGUGGAGGGUUUCAGCACAAAGAGCCAGCCCUGCACCUACAGCAAGGACAAAACCUGCAAGCCGGCCCUCGCUAAUGCUAUUUUCAGUACUGUGUCCUUUUUACUCGGUGCGGUUACCUCCGUAGUUUCUGGCUUUCUUGGCAUGAAAAUCGCCACAUAUGCCAAUGCUAGAACUACUUUGGAAGCUAGAAAGGGGGUCGGAAAGGCUUUCAUUACUGCGUUCCGCUCUGGCGCGGUGAUGGGUUUCUUGCUUGCUGCGAAUGGGCUUCUCGUGCUUUACAUUGCUAUCAACUUGUUCAAGUUGUACUAUGGGGAUGACUGGGAAGGGCUUUUUGAGUCUAUUACUGGUUAUGGACUUGGGGGUUCUUCUAUGGCCUUGUUUGGUAGAGUUGGUGGAGGUAUCUACACCAAAGCUGCUGAUGUCGGGGCAGAUCUUGUUGGGAAGGUUGAAAGGAAUAUUCCUGAGGAUGACCCUAGAAACCCGGCUGUCAUUGCUGACAAUGUUGGUGAUAAUGUUGGUGAUAUCGCUGGAAUGGGAUCAGAUCUUUUCGGCUCGUACGCUGAAUCUUCAUGUGCUGCCCUUGUUGUUGCCUCAAUUUCUUCCUUUGGGAUCAACCAUGAGUUCACUGCAAUGGUGUAUCCCUUACUUAUUAGCUCGAUGGGUAUCAUAGUUUGCUUGAUCACCACUCUUUUUGCCACUGACAUCUUCGAGAUCAAGGCGGUGAAGGAGAUCGAGCCUGCUCUUAAGAAGCAGCUCAUUAUUUCUACUGCCCUUAUGACUGUUGGGAUAGCAAUUGUCAGUUGGCUAGCUCUCCCGUCGUCCUUCACCAUUUUCAACUUUGGCGCCCAGAAGACUGUGAAGAACUGGGAACUAUUCUUCUGUGUUGCAAUCGGUUUGUGGGCUGGUUUGGUCAUUGGGUUUGUCACCGAGUACUAUACGAGCAACGCUUAUAGCCCUGUGCAAGAUGUUGCUGAUUCCUGCAGAACUGGAGCAGCCACUAACGUGAUCUUCGGGCUUGCUUUGGGAUACAAAUCCGUGAUCAUCCCUAUUUUUGCCAUUGCUGUUAGCAUUUUCGUUAGCUUUAGUUUAGCCGCCAUGUAUGGUAUUGCAGUUGCUGCUCUUGGCAUGCUCAGCACAAUUGCAACUGGCCUUGCCAUCGACGCCUACGGACCGAUUAGUGACAACGCCGGAGGCAUUGCUGAGAUGGCGGGGAUGAGCCACAGGAUCCGUGAGCGAACUGAUGCUCUUGAUGCUGCAGGAAACACCACAGCAGCCAUCGGAAAGGGUUUUGCCAUUGGUUCUGCGGCCUUGGUAUCCCUCGCACUCUUUGGUGCAUUUGUAAGCCGAGCUGCUAUCUCCACCGUCGAUGUUUUGACCCCCAAAGUGUUCAUCGGGUUGAUCGUCGGUGCCAUGCUUCCCUACUGGUUCUCAGCCAUGACCAUGAAGAGUGUCGGCAGCGCAGCCCUGAAAAUGGUCGAGGAAGUCCGACGGCAAUUCAACACCAUUCCCGGCCUCAUGGAGGGAACUACUAAGCCCGAUUAUGCCAAUUGCGUCAAGAUCUCCACUGAUGCCUCCAUUAAGGAGAUGAUCCCUCCCGGCGCCCUUGUCAUGCUCACCCCACUCGUCGUCGGGAUCUUCUUCGGCGUCGAAACCCUCUCGGGAGUUCUUGCGGGCGCUCUUGUUUCUGGUGUUCAGAUUGCUAUCUCUGCAUCCAAUACUGGUGGUGCAUGGGAUAAUGCGAAGAAAUACAUUGAGGCUGGAGCUUCGGAGCACGCGAGGAUGCUCGGCCCGAAAGGUUCGGAUCCCCACAAAGCUGCUGUGAUCGGCGACACCAUCGGAGACCCGCUCAAGGACACAUCCGGGCCGUCGCUCAACAUCCUGAUCAAGCUCAUGGCCGUCGAAUCGCUCGUGUUCGCUCCCUUCUUCGCCACACACGGCGGCCUCCUCUUCAAGAUCUUCUAAACAGAGGAAGAAAAAGAAAGCGAAGAAGACGAGUCGGGCCAAUUUGCUCUCUCUAUAGUAUCUCUCUCUGGUCCUUAAAUCCUGAACUUAUAUUCUCUCAUUUUUAUCGCCGAUUUCGAAACUGUAGCAGUAUAAUGAUGAGUUGCCGGAUCAAUUUGGACAAAUAGUUGUUGAAUUUUUCCUUUGGUAGGUAAAUUAUGAUGAUGAUGAUGAUGACGACGACGACAAUGAUCAAAUUUCAGAAUCAGUUAUAAUCAGUUUUCGUCAGAAAUGUUUAUUUGGCUAUUUUA